AAGAGAGAGAAAGAGAGCAAAUUAAGUUUGUAAUAAUUAAUGAUGAUAGGGAGUGGCUUGAAGCAAUUGUACGUGACGGUCUUCCUCUCAAGUUUCGCCGGCAACAUGGUUUUUCCGGCCAUGACUGACGUCACCAUGGCCGCACUUUGUCCCGGAGAAGACGAAUGCGCUUUAGCCAUUUAUCUCUCCGCCUUCCAACAAUCGAUAAUUGGAGUGAGUACAGUGGUGAUGCUGCCUUUAAUUGGGAAACUCUCAGAUAUUUAUGGGAGGAAGGCUUUGCUCACUUUCCCCUUGACUCUCUCUGUUAUUCCACUUGUUAUAUUAGCAUGUGGAAGGACAAAAUACUUUUUUUAUGCCUAUUUUGUGUUCAAAACUCUCACCGCCAUGCUCACUGAAGGAAGCCUCCUCUGCCUAGCCGUUGCUUACGUUGUAGACGUUAGUUCCGAGGAAAAGAGGGCGAUUGGAUUUGGUAUGGUCAUGGGUAUAAUUUGCGCUUCUUUCGUCGGAGCCACAUUAGCUGCCCGAGUCCUCUCCAUAGACGUGUUGUUUCAGGUUUCCGCGGUCGUAUCAAUAGUCGCGCUAGUCUACAUGUGUAUAUUCCUCAAAGAAUCAAACUUUCCUAAUGAAAGCAGUCCUUUGGAACAGCCAAUCUUAAAAGAGGCUAAUGAUGAAGAAGAUUGUACUCUUACACAUGAAGAAUCAUCUAGUAAUAAAGCACAUGAAUUUAGAAAAAUAUCAUCUCUUAAGGAUUUGAUACACCUCGUUAAAACAAGUCGAACAUUUUCACUUAUCGUCCUCAUCACGUUCUUUAGCGUUGUUUCCAAGAGUGCAAUGGAAGGUUCGCUUCUGCAAUGGUACAUAUUUUUGAGCCAUAAAAGUUCAAAUAACGCGACAAAUUAA